CAUAGUACUGGAGGGAGAUGGUGGUGGAACUGCUGGGGGUGGAGGCAAUGUAGCCCCGGCGGAAAAGGAUCCCGGCGGCGCCUCAGCGGAGCCCAGGAUGGAGAACCAGCCUGGGUAUUUCCAGUACGUCCCUGUGCAGCUGCAAGGGGGGGCGCCCUGGGGCUUCACCCUUAAGGGGGGUCUGGAACAUUGCGAGCCGCUCACAGUGUCUAAGAUUGAAGAUGGAGGCAAGGCAGCCUUGUCUCAGAAGAUGAAGACUGGUGAUGAGCUGGUGAAUAUCAAUGGCACCCCAUUGUAUGGCUCCCGUCAAGAAGCCCUCAUUCUCAUCAAAGGCUCCUUCCGGAUCCUCAAGCUGAUUGUCAGGAGGAGGAACGCCCCUGUCAGUAGGCCACACUCAUGGCAUGUGGCCAAGCUGCUGGAGGGAUGCCCUGAAGCAGCCACUACCAUGCAUUUCCCUUCUGAAGCUUUCAGCUUGUCCUGGCAUUCCGGCUGCAAUACAAGUGACGUGUGUGUGCAGUGGUGUCCACUGUCCCGGCACUGCAGCACUGAGCAAAGCAGUUCUAUUGGCAGCAUGGAGAGCCUGGAGCAACCAGGCCAAGCCACCUAUGAGGGCCACCUCUUGCCCAUUGACCAGAACAUGUACCCCAACCAACGUGACUCAGCCUACAGCUCCUUCUCAGCCAGCUCAAAUGCCUCUGACUGUGCCCUUUCCCUCAGGCCAGAGGAGCCAGCCUCUGCAAACUGCAUCAUGCAAGGACCAGGGCCAACUAAGGCCCCCAGUGGCCGGUCUACUGUGGCUGAGAACUCAGGAGGUAGCCGGCGCACCAAUGGGAGCCACCUGACCCCUAGCUCCCAGAUGUCAUCCUGCCCACAAGAGGACCAACACUCAGGGCCUGCCAAGGUGCUCAGGGGCCCACCACAACCUCCAGUGAGGCGGGACAGCCUUCAAGCCUCUAGAGCCCAACUCAUCAAUGGAGAGCAGCGCAGGGCAUCUGAGUCUAUAGAGCCCCUGCAACAGAAGGAGAAACUGAGUGUAGAGACAAUGCUAUCUCCAAGGAACUCUAACAGGUUUUGCUGCCUCAGUGGACAAGACCAAGUGACAGGUGAGGGCAAUCAGAACUGUGAGCUCAGCCAGCCUCCUGAAUGCAGCCAGCAGGGUUCUGACCAUUUAUUGAUGCAGGCAUCAACCAAAGCUGUUGGAUCCCCAAAAGCCUGUAACAAGGCUUUUAGCAUGGAUUACAGCCCACUUGAUGAGGCUUCAGUAGAGCUAGCUAAGGCUUCUUUUGGCAGCCCUCCACACCUCACAGGACCCACAAGGCAUCGCCAUAGUGCCCCUGAACAGCUGCUGGCAUCACACCUGCAGCAUGUACAACUUGAUACCAGAGGCAGCAAGGGGAUAGAGCUCCCAGCUGGGCAGGAUGGGCACCAGUGGACUCUGUCCCCUUUGCACAGCAACCACAAAGGAAAGAAAAGUCCCUGUCUCCCUACAGGAGGAACCCAGGAACAGCCCAGCAAAGAAAGAAAGACCAGACCAGUGGAUGAUAGGUCUUUGGGUUCAGUACACCAGAGCCAAAGCAGUUCCAUACAUGGAGAGGCUAGUGGACACCUUCCAGAAAGAAGUUUCCUUGACCCAAACAGAGCAAGCAGAGAAGGCAGUGAAUUGGUCACACAGCAGCUCUCUGUAUCUGGCUCCCUUGUUCAACAAGCUAAAGACUAUUCUUCAACCACUAAGGUAGCCAGUGACACAGAGUCAACUGAAGAAGGGGCCAGUGAGCCCAAGGAAUGUGCCCAGAUGGGUGGUAGGCAAAGCGGAGGAACCCGGGGCCGUUCAAUCCAAAACCGGCGGAAGAGUGAGCGUUUUGCCACCAAUCUGCGCAAUGAAAUUCAAAGGAGGAAGGCCCAGCUCCAGAAAAGCAAGGGUCCCUUGUCACAGUGGUGUGACACUAAGGAGCAAAUGGAAGUGAUCCAGGAGCCCCUAAAAAGUCCUCCACUCCCUGCCUCUAGUUCAUCUCUUCUAUUGUCAUAUACAAAAAACCCUAGCCCCAGGGAUAAGCUUGUCAACAAAAGCAUGAUACUCAGGGCUAGGUCAUCAGAGUGCCUCAGCCAAACCCCUGAGAGCCAUGAAUCUAGAACAGGCUUGGAGGGACACAUAAUCCCUGGCCGGAGGCCUAGCCAGUCUUCUUUGGGCCUGAACACCUGGUGGAAAGCAUCUGACCCAUCUUCCUCAGAUUCGGAGAAAGCAAAUGUUCACCAUGGAGUCCUUGGAGAUCACUGGAGAUGGUCUCCAGAGCAUAACCCACAGCUACAUGUGGCGCUAGACAUGGAAAGCCCCUCCAGCCCAUGUGACAAUAAAGGAUUGAAGGCUUCUACUGCCCAAGCUGGGGAGGAAGCCAUCCUCUUGCCCUUCGCAGACAGAAGAAAGUUUUUUGAAGAGAGUAGCAAAUCUUUAUCUAUGUCCCAUUUGCCAGGUUUAAUCACUCGUAAUAACAAGACUUUUUCUCAGAGACCAAAACCUAUAGAGCAAAACUUCCAGCCAAUGAGCUCCAGCUAUAGGGAAUUGAGGCGCCAUCCCAUGGACCAAUCAUAUCAUUCCACAGAACAACAGUGCCAUGCUACAGAACAAUCAUAUCAUUCCAUGUCACCCCAUCAGUCAGAAACUCCCACUUAUUCUGAAUGCUUUGCAAGCAAAGGUCUAGAAAAUCCCAUGUGUUGUAAGCCACUGCACUGUGGUGAUUUUGAUUACCACAGAACCUGCUCCUACUCCUGCAAUGUACAGGGAACUGUAGUCCAUGACCCAUGCAUUUAUUGUUCUGGGGAAAUCUGCCCUGCCUUGCUAAAGAGAAAUAUGAUGCCAAACUGCUAUAACUGCCGGUGCCACCACCACCAGUGCAUCCGGUGCUCAGCUUGCUAUCAUAGCCCUCAACACGGUAACCUCGAAGACAGCAGCUUGGCACCUGGCAACACUUGGAAACCCAGGAAGCCGACAGUGCAGGAAUUUCCUGGGAAAAAAUGGAAACCAGGAAGCAGGAAAACCAGCUGGUCAGGGAGGGAAAUGGCUCAUUCCAAGGCUAGCUUUUCUUGGACAACUCCCUUCCAUCCUUGCCUUGAGAACCCAGCCCUGGACUUGUCAAGCUAUCGAGCAAUUUCUUCUCUUGACCUCCUUAGAGACUUCAAACAUGCCUUGAAAAAAGCAGAGGAAACUUCAGUGUAUGAGGAAAGCUCCCUGGCCUCUGUGUCCCGCCCACUGCGUAGCCGUGCCUUCUCAGAGAGUCACAUCAGCUUGGAGCCCCAGAGCACCCGGGCCUGGGGCCAGCUUAGGAAGGAGCUCUUUACCAAAGGUAAUGAGACCCAGCCAGAUCCUCUCGGAUCCAGGAAGAAGCCCUUCCCUCCUCCUCGCCCCCCUCCUCCCAACUGGGACAAGUACAGACUCUUCCGUGCAGCCCAGCAGCAAAAGCAACAGCAGCAGAAGCAGCAUCACCAGCAGCAACAGCAGCAGCAGCAGCAGCAGCAGCGGGAGGAGGAGGAGGAAGAGGAAGUAGAAGAGGAAGAAGAAGGAGAAGACGAAGAAGAGGAGCUGCCACCCCAAUAUUUCAGUUCAGAAACCACUGGUUCCUGUGCCCUUAAUCCUGAGGAGGUCCUGGAGCAGCCGCAACCCCUGAGCCUUGGCCACCUAGAGGGCUCGAGGCAGGAUGCACAAAGCCUCCCAGCAGAGCAAGAGUCCUUUGCUCUCCCUUCCAAUGACUUCCUGCCCCCAAAAAGGGGCCACUUGGGAUCUCAACCUGAGCAGGCUCAGCUCCCUUAUUAUGGCAUUAGUGGGCUUUGGAGGACAUCAGGGCAGGAAGCAACUGAUUCCCCCAAACCAGAAGCUUUGAUGGCAGAAGAGGCCAAACUCAAGGCAGCGUGGAGCCAGAGCUGCUUUUUUCCUGAGAAGUUCUCUUUCAAGGGCUGGGGUUCUGAGAAGCAACGCCUCAGCCCUGCAGGCUUCAGUGAACCCAAGACAACAGGGUCUGCUGCCACACUUGUCAAGCCUCUGGGUGCUGCUGGUUCCAUUUUAUCCCUAUUUCACUCUACAGCCAUGGAGGAUGCUGGGGCCCCUGGGAAUAUGCCAGAAGUGGAGAGAUGCUAUCCCUUCUCAGGCCAAAGGCCUAACCUAGAACAAGAGUUUCAGCACUUCUCACCUCCUCCAGGGGCCCCAGGAAUCCCUACCUCUUACUCAGCUUACUACAAUAUUUCUGUGGCCAAGGCAGAGCUUCUGAACAAAUUGAAAGACCAACCCGAAAUGGCAGAGAUUGGCCUGGGAGAGGAGGAACUUGACCAUGAAUUGGUACAAAAAAAGAUACAACUUAUUGAAAGCAUUGGCAGAAAACUUUCUGUCCUUCGGGAGGCCCAGCGUGGGCUGCUAGAGGACAUCAAUGCCAAUUCCACCCUUGGGGAGGAGGUUGAGGCCAACUUAAAAGCCAUCUGCAAAUCCAAUGAGUUUGAAAAGUACCGUUUGUUUAUUGGGGACCUAGACAAAGUGGUCAACCUAUUGCUUUCACUCUCUGGACGACUGGCCCGCGUGGAGAAUGCUCUCAACAGCAUCGAUUCAGAGGCCAACCAGGAGAAGUUGGUGCUGAUAGAGAAGAAGCAGCAGCUGACAGGGCAGUUGGCCGAUGCCAAGGAGCUGAAGGAGCACAUGGACCACCGCGAAAAGCUGGUGUUUGGCAUGGUCUCCCGCUACCUGCCUCAGGACCAGCUCCAAGAUUACCAGCACUUUGUCAAGAUGAAAUCUGCUCUCAUAAUUGAACAGCGAGAGUUGGAGGAGAAGAUCAAGCUUGGGGAAGAGCAGCUCAAAUGUCUCAGGGAGAGCCUACUCCUGGGGCCCAGCAAUUUCUAAUUCUACCAGCAGUCUGCCACAGCACUCCUGCCCAGCCACACUGGGAAAUACUUUUAGUCUUCUUUGUUAGCCAUUUGUUAUCAAGUAGAUGGCAAUUAGCAAAUACAGCCCUCGACCCUGGACAUCUCUCACUGACCCUUCCUCUAGCAAUGGUCCCAACUGGCUAGGAGAAUCUGGGGAGGUCCCAAGCUUCUACCCUUGGGAACUACAACAAGGUGUGAUCAUACAUCCACACUCUACUCCCCACAGUUUGCAAGGGCAAGCACUUGCUGCACACAAGACCAACAAAGUGCCUUCAUUUUUUGUACUAGGACACCAAAGACAUCAAGUACUUACCACCCACCCAUACUACAUUCAGUCUCUUAAGGCUCAGAAACAAGCUGCCUGCCACAGCUUUACUCUGCUCCAGGGCUUGUGGCCCAGCCACUUUCCACAGAGAUCUGACUGCCUUGAGGGCAUUUGCCUAGUAGGGCCUCAUCCAAGCUUUGCAGCAGAAGCACAGAAGGAGGAAUUACACCUAACAGAAUUUUAUCAUAGUUUGAGUAUCCUCAGGUGCCCCUCAGGAAGGAACCAGGCUUAAACAAAUCAGCUCCAUGGCUACCUUCUCCAGCAGCUAGUUGAAGUGGAGGAGACCUGCUUUCAGUCCUGCCUAGUGUCCUGAAACUUCAAGCCUGACACCUCUUGUUUCACUUUACCCUUCCAUUGCUAGGGUUUACAGAUGCCUAUUCCAGGGCUUCACACUGUGGGCCUCUACUAAGGCUGGCUUCUGAAUAUAGAUGUUAUUACUGGGGGCAGGGGAUUCUUAUUGUUAUAUAUGAAAUGGCCUUUUGAUUUUAUUUAUUUUUAUGUUUCAAUUACUAUACUUUUCUUUUUUAACUAAUUAAAGCAAGAAGAAGGAAGUUGGAGAGGGAAAGGUUAGCCCAGAAGGAAACCAUUUUCUGCAGAUCAGCCAGAAUCUACCAUGGCUAGGAAAACAAGUGCCAAGACAUUGAAUUCUUCUUACCAUAGCUACUAGUUUCUAAAAAAGGAGAUCUCCUCCAGGAACUUGGAGCCUCCUACUAUGGCCUGCCCCUGUGCUUCCCUUGAAGUCUGGGUGACUAUGAGCUUAGCAUUCCCCUGCAGGGUUCAAUUCUUUCUUACUUAUUUUUUGAAACCAAAGAAAUCUUCUGAAACCAAGAAAGGUUCACCCAUUUCUCUGCUGUCUCCAGGCUAUGAGGUAGAGUAGAGGUGAGCUCAAAGGAGCUCUUCUAACCAUUGCUUUCUCAACCUGUGGCAUGGCUCAGAGAACCAGAACUCAUGGUAGCUGGGAACUCCAGCCAGGUCCAACCCCCUAGAGUAAGUGAUGACCCAGCUAGUAUUUUAGGCAUACAAAUAACAAAAGCUGCUGCUGUUGCCAAGGCCCUGAUGUUGUUAGCCAGCUUAUAUCCUGGAAAAGCCCUCAGGUGCGUGAUAAAAGGAAGGGAGUCUUGAUCAAACUCUGCCCUCAGUUUCAGCUCAAUGGUAUUAUGCAGCCAGGCCAAGUCCUAUCAUCUCUUCUAGUUACUGCUGAGUUCCUCCAGGUCCUUGGAGGUCAACGGUAGCAGCAGGAGUGCCUCAUUCAACCAAAUAAUUUGCCAAAGAACUUUGCUGCUGAUACAAAUACUGGUCACUAGCUUCUAUUUCCUCUUCAUUGUAUUUGAAAACAAUAGGAAAAUCUUGGCUAGCAGAGUGUCCUAGUGAGGGUGGGGGUAAGCCUUUCCGUGGAACCCUGGGUAUGAUCUCAGUUAUUUUUGCCAGAAUUGUUAGUUACAAUGUCAUACCUGCCUUUCUCCCUUCCAAUGGAAGACUUUUCUGUAUUUGGGAAAGCUGGUGCUUAUAAAAGGCUGGGCUUACCCAAGCCAAGGUUGAAGAAGGUGGAGAAGUGCUUUGAAUGGAGAACACAGGAUGCUUAUUUUCACAUGACGGGACAGUUUCCAAAGCAUUUAAAAAAUAACUGCAGAACUAUACUGAGCAAUGAAGUUCAGUAGACAGCAUUAAACUUCUAACCAGACACUGGUGUGCCACACUUCUGCUGUGACAGUCUUGUUGUGUGUGAUUGUGCUGCAAAGCUGGCAGUAUUACUUGAGGUGCUGUGUCUCUCACCUGUUCUCAAUUCCUGGGCUAAGCCCUUAUCUAAGGACUUUCAGGGGAUAGCAGUUUGGAAGACAGGCCAAGGGAUAUUCCUAAAGACAGUUACUCAACUUAACUUCUGCUUUCUCCCUUCAAAUACUUAUGUAACCCCCCAUGGGUAAUAGGUAAGCAGGGACAUGUGCUUCCUAACUUGUCCCCUUACCCCCAGGGCUCUGGAUAACUGAGUUUCCUUGAGUCUCACAGCUAGAGACUCGGCUACGAUGUAACAGUAAAUGCCCAACUGGAAUCCGAGAAAAUGAAACAGAUACUGAAAAUAAAACUCUAGAAAGGAAGAUAUUGGAAAUAGAGGAAAGGAGAGAAGGUAAAAAGAUGAAAAGCCUCUUUCAAGGCUAGGUUCAGUUUCUGUUUUCCAUUAACCACAUGUGCCAAAAAGCUGCCCAGGCACACCAGAGACCAUAUCCUGGACCCCCGCCUCCUUGAAGGAUCUUCUCUGCCAGUAGCAGACCCCAGAUGGAGGAAGCUAGGAACAUUUCUGGCCACUUCCAUCUGUCUGGAACUCAGAGACUCGCUGCCUUUGCCCAAGGAGUUAUUUAUGCCAAUAAUAUUUCUUUAACAGUGUAUUGUAUUAUUUGAAAAUUAGUAGAUCUUUAGGGGGGUGGGGCAGGGGGCAUCCUUUAUAGAUAAAGAAGCAGUGUUUGUUUUAAAACUGAUGGGGGUCAUCUAUCCCAUGUGAAGCUAUUAUUUUUCCAAAUCUUAUUGUUUCUGCAUUUGUGUCCUCCACCACUCCCUUCUCGGCUAUCAUAGAUAUGCCUGCCAGAUUGUCAUCAAGGGUCAUACUUCAAUAAAAGGUGCUAAGGACAAAAAAAAAAAAAUCUCAUGUGUUUUGACUUAGGUGAUAGAAGUCUCUUAAGAUUUUUCUGAAAAGCAUUAGAUAUAAAAUUUGGUCACCUAUCCAUAGUCCUUCAGGCA